CGCACCCCUUAAACCCCAUCCCCCACCCUCCUCCUCCCUGCCGCCGCCAACCUCCUCAGCUUCCGCGCCCCCGCAGCCAUCCCAUGCUCCGUCCCUCGGCGUCAUGAGCAGCGCCCCAGCCCACCGUGGUCGCAAGCGCCGACGCGACGAUGCUCACGAGCGCGCCUCCUCGAUUCGCCGCCGCCGCCUGUUGGCCCCAAGCAAUUUCCCCGCCGUCCGGUCCUUCAGCCUCCGCGUGGCGCUCGCCAACUCCCCCCACGGCCCCCGCAAGCGCCGCCAUGACGACGCCACCUCCUCCUCAGCUCGCCUCCGUCGUCGCCGCAGCCUCGUUCCUAGCCAAUUCCCCGCCGUGCGGUCCUUUGUCCUCCGCGUCGCGCUAGCCACCGGCCCCCGUCGCCGCCGCAAGCGCCGCGUCGACGGCCCCCGUCGCCCCGUCUGCACUCCCCGCUCCCGCCGCAUCCACAGCAUCUUUCUUCCCAGGGUCAGGCACUUCCCUGGCCUUCGCCCAUUCGCCCUCCGUUUCCUCCUCGUGACCGGCGCAUCAGCCCCUCGCCGCCGCCGGAAGCCCGCCGUGGUAGACAUGGGCAACUACGUCUCGCGGCUGUUGGGGAAGAGCACCAGCGACGAUGGCUUGGGAGUGCACAGGAGUCAGAUCGAGGGGUCGCGGGAAGUGAGGGAUCUCACGGUGGAGCCGGAGCUUGAAGCGGAGAAGGUCGAUGUCGUGAGGAGGGGAAUUGGCGAUUGGAGCGUGCCUGCACUGGAGUCGUCCGCACCGCCGGAGAAGAGGGUGCCAUACUACAAGGAGGCGCUGGAGUUGACGAAGAGGCGCGACGGAAGAUUGCAGGAGACAGGAUUGGAGGAUCUAUCUGAACUAUUUACACCUCUAACUGACAAAGAUGAAAGAGAAGUUAACACUCUUUUGUAUGAUAGUGGUCACAGUGACAAAAUCAUAGUCAUGCAUGAGCCUUCUAACAUCGAGAUUACUAAAGAGAAACUUCAAUGCUUGAGACCUCGCGGUUGGUUAAAUGACGAGGUCAUCAAUUUGUACAUUGAAUUGUUAAAGGAGAGGGCAGAAAGGGAACCCAAAAGGUUUUUGAAAUGUCAUUUCUUCAAUACAUUCUUUUACAAGAAGCUUACUUGCGGAAUAGCUGGUUAUGACUACCAGUCUGUUAGAAGAUGGACAACCCUCAAGAAGUUGGGUUAUGGACUUAUCGAGUGUGAGAAAAUCUUUGUUCCAGUACAUAGAGAUAUACAUUGGUGCCUGGCAGUUAUAAACAUGAAGAAUAAAACUUUCCAGUAUCUUGAUUCUCUUGGUGGCUUGGGUCAUGAUGUACUGAGAGUACUGGCUAGAUAUAUCAUGGACGAAUUGAAGGACAAGAGUAACAUAGAAAUAGACACUAGUUCUUGGGUGGAAGUAUCAGAUUUUCACCCUUUGCAGCAGAAUGGGUGGGAUUGUGGUAUGUUUACGCUUAAACUCAUCGAUUUCCAUAGCAGAGGUCUCAAACCAUCUUUCGGUCAGGAACACAUGAUGUAUUUUAGAAAACGAACAGCAAAAGAGAUCAUGAGACUAAGAGCUGACUGAAGAAUAACCUUUUUAUGGUCAACAUUCUUGGACAUUUUCUCAAAGUCAGGUAUUCAUCCUGCAUUAUGCCGGCAAAUAUACAAAAUGAGUAUUGCUUUCCUGUGAAAUACUAGAGAUGUGAUUAUAAGCUGUUGGUGUGAAAUCAUGCCCAUGAAACUACAGCUUUGUAGGUAUGUAUUAUCUGUGACCUGAUUUCGUUAGAGUAGGAAGGAAGGGAAAAGAGAAUUAGGGUAAGAUAAUGAUACACUGUUAGAAAAAAGGUAGGAGCUUAGAAGUAGUUUGACUCGGUGCACACACCCAUGUAAUAGCAUUGGAACCGAGAUAGUACAAUGAACUGACACAUAGUUUUGUUUUCUUUGCAAUAAGCAUGACCAAAAAAACUCGACCACGAGAGAAGACA